CGGCACACACAGCAGGACGCUCACUGGCGCUGCGCGCUCAGCACAUAACCAACCAGACGGCGCGCAGAGAGACGGAGAGAAACGGGGACGGCGGCAGCAUCCCGUGACGGAUGCAUUUUUUAGCUCAAAUCGGACGCUUUGGAGACUGACAACAACGAGACUCAGAGAGAAGCAGGACGGGAAAUAACGCGCUUUUUUUGGAGGGAUUUGAACAGAGUGCCGUUGUGCUCUUGUCUUCUCCGGAUGCUCAGAAAUGGGGGAAUGGACUAUACUAGAGAGGCUCCUGGAGGCUGCUGUCCAGCAGCACUCUACUAUGAUAGGAAGGAUCCUACUAACAGUGGUGGUCAUCUUCCGGAUUCUAAUCGUAGCAAUAGUUGGAGAGACUGUCUAUGAUGACGAGCAGACCAUGUUUGUUUGUAACACCUUACAACCGGGCUGCAACCAGGCAUGCUACGACAAGGCAUUUCCCAUUUCACACAUUAGAUAUUGGGUUUUUCAGAUCAUCAUGGUGUGCACCCCGAGCCUUUGUUUCAUCACGUACUCGGUGCACCAGUCGGCCAAGCAGAAGGAGCGGCGGUACUCCACAGUCUAUCUGACACUAGACAAGGAUCAAGAUUCACUGAAGCGAGACGAGAGCAAAAAGAUAAAGAACACCAUUGUUAAUGGAGUACUUCAGAACACGGAGAACUCCACCAAAGAAGCCGAGCCGGACUGCUUAGAAGUCAAAGAGAUCCCUAAUUCGGCCAUGAGAACUACAAAGUCCAAAAUGAGGCGGCAAGAGGGCAUCUCCCGGUUUUACAUCAUCCAGGUGGUUUUCAGAAACGCGCUGGAGAUUGGCUUUUUGGUGGGCCAGUAUUUCUUGUAUGGAUUCAACGUCCCGUCGGUGUACGAGUGCGACCGCUACCCCUGCAUCAAAGACGUCGAGUGCUACGUCUCCAGACCCACGGAGAAGACCGUGUUCCUGGUCUUCAUGUUCGCGGUCAGUGGGUUUUGUGUGGUGUUGAACCUGGCGGAACUCAAUCACUUGGGGUGGAGGAAAAUCAAAACGGCCGUGCGGGGGGUGCAGGCUCGGCGGAAGUCCAUCUACGAGAUCAGAAACAAGGACUUGCCGCGGAUGAGUGUGCCCAAUUUCGGCCGCACUCAGUCCAGUGACUCUGCUUAUGUGUAG